UCGCAAUGCAGUUAAACCGCAAACGUGCACGAGCUUGUUACAAAAGACAAGAUACAAGAAAGCGCUUUCUACGGAAAAUUUGAUUUCAACUCUACGCCGCACAGUUAUGGGUGACAAAGUUUUAUUUCUCUUUGUGAUUUUUAUUACUCUAGUGGCGUUCGGCUCAGCUGCUAAGGUUACAGUAAAAAUUCACGAGAGGCGCUUGCUGUCGUGCUCUGCAUCCAGUGAUCCAGAAAAUGUUAAACAUAUCGGUUGGUACCGCUGCUCUACCGAUGAUUGCGCACAUGACUGGGACAAGUUCCGGAUAGCACAUGUUCAAAACAUGAGAGUGACAAUUCCCGAUAACCCAAACUUUGAGGUUUACACCAACGGCACCUUAGUUAUCAAGAAGGUACUACCUGUGGAUGAUAGAAAAAUGUUUAUCUGUAUUGCCCAGAAGACGCUUAUAGGGAGAGAAAGGUCUACGACGAUCCUUCAUAUAGCCAAAGAACCCCCACAAUUAACACGAGAGAGUCCUCCAGAGCCUCAGGUCCUUGAAGGAAACGAUCUUCAUUUGGAUGUUCGAGUGCAGGGGUAUCCUUUCCCCUGGGUAACUUGGAGCCAUGGUGACCAUCUCCUACAGAAUAAAUCGGUUAAAGAUUCAGAAACAAGGCUUAAAAUUCGCAACGUCACUGUAUUAGAAGGCGGACGUUACACCUGUUACGCCAAGAAUCCAUUCGGACACGAUAUCUUGACGUUUGACGUUACUGUUGAAGGUCAGUCGGUGAGGACGACUGCAGAACCAGGGGAUUCAAGUCUCGCCGGAUGGAUAAUUGCUACAAUAGUGGUCGGUCCAUUGUUGGUAGUCAUAAUAACAAUAUUAAUAAUAAUCCUUUGCAUUCUCAAGAAAAAAUGUAGAUCGCCAAAACUGCAUUUAAACAGGCUGUUUCGGAGAUGCCUAUCUAAUAGUUAAUAUAGCUGUAAAUUGUAACAAACUAUUUUACCGCUAUUUCCGAAUAUUUUCAGAAAAGUGUGAAAAGUCAUUUUUUCACCUGUCAAAAGAUAAUAGAACUGUAAAUUGAAACGGACAAUGUUACUUCUAUUUUCCAAAUAUUUUGAGAAAAGUGUGAAAAGCAUUUUUAUACACAUUUUUUUUUAGUAAUCUGUUCAUUAGCUCUCGUCAAGAGAUUUUGAACUAUCUGU